GACAUUUAAUAUUGUUAUUCUAUUCAUUUACUAAUUCAUUUCACUCAUUUAUUCAGUUAUCUAUUUGGUUAUUGCCAAUCAGAUAGAUAUGAAAUGGUGUUUCUUCAUGUUUGUAUUUGCAAUUUCUCUCAUAUCUGAUAAGUUCACAACUCUGUCUCUGUCUUAUAUCUGUGUGUGUGUGUGUGUGUGUGUGCACAUACACAUUCAUACAGCAUAGGCUCACCAUUCAUAUCCAUUUUCUGUAGGAUGUGUGUCUUUCCUCACUUUCAUAUUGAACUUCACCUUUUACUUAUUGUUUUUUCUUUUUUUGUACACUCUGCUGAUUUUUUUAGCUACAUGUGCUACAGACGUUGUGAUUUUAUAAGCAGAAUGUCUUACAAAGUUAUAUAACGUGUGACCUGACAUAUUCCACAAAGAACUCUGUUCUCUUUAAUGCAUUUCUUCUCUUAGAUAUUGAAUUUUCUUGUCCAUGGGUCCAGUAUAUAAAGAUUAUCCUUUCAUGUCCUAGUUUUUCUUUAAUUUCUUUCAAAGUAAGGGACAGUCCUGAAUGGAAAUAUUGACCUUUUUUAGUUCUACUCUUUAAAAGAGUUAUUUUUAAUAUUUUUCUAUUAAGCAUAGCACUUUUUGUAGAUGUCUUUUUAUCAGUUUAAGAAGGUAAGUAAGAAACAUAGAAAUUCCAAAUUAGCUGAAUUAUUUGGUUGCUUUAAUCAUGAAUGAUUUUUUUAAAAUCUAUUACAAUUUCUUUACUUUAAAAAUAUUUUACAUAUAUUGAAAUAAUCAUUUGACUGCUUUCAUAUGUUAAUUUAUGUAAAAUAUUAAAUUACCUCCAAUCAUUUCUGCUUCAGCACAAAAGUUGCUUAGUCAUUUGGGUGGGGACAGAGUGCCAAAGGGGGAAAAACCAAGAAGUAUGACUAAGGGAAAAAACCCAACACUUGGUCAUUGUCAGAUAUGAGAGGUGAGAAUGUGACAUUAUCAAGGAACAUUUGAACACUCUGAGACGAAAGUAAGAGACUAAGAGUAUGAGCUACCUGAGUCCAUGAUGGUUCAUAGAAAAUAGAGACAGGAAAGAGAUGGAGGAUCACAGACUAUGCAUGACGGUAGAAAAGGGAAACCGAUGGUUGUGCAAUGUUAUUUGGCCUCAUUUAAUAGAGUUUUCUUUUUCUCUUAAGAAACAAAACAACCUAGAUAGGAAUUUGGAUAAGAUGAAAAUGUAGGAGGUCACAGAAUUCAGAGGGGCCCCAUAUAUAUCAUGUGACCUGACAUAUUGUGAAGAGGGGAGAGAAUGGCUCUCCAAAGCUGAUGAAAGAAAUUUAGUAAAAAGAAGAGAACAUGCUUCUUUACAUACAAGUUAACAAACUAGCAGGAUCAGUUAUCCUCAAGCACCAAUGUAGAUUCAGCAAUGGAUGUACACAUUAACAAAUGCAGUUUAGAUCUAAAUGAAUUUGUAUCUGACUUGUUGUGGCAAUCCUGGGCAUGCUUGUGUCCUUUGUUGACUACACAGACCCUCAGCUGAGCAUGGAUGGAUUUGGCUUCCCUCUCUUGUGGAAACAUUGAGUGGGGUGACUCUCUGCUUUUCUUCCCUCCCCUUCCCACAUUCUCUCACAUAUCAUGUCUCUUUAAAAUAUUAAUUUUGAGGAUGGCCUUGUUGUGAUUAAGAAAGGGAAGUUCCAUAAAUAGAAAAGGCCAGCAUAUGGAAUCAUUUAAAAGUUCUGUAAGGGCCAAUGAGGGGGGCCACAGAAGAGAACAUUCCAUCUGCCUCUUGUUGCUACUUCCAUUCUGGUCUCUGUGCAGAUCAGAUAGAGGAUGCAGCCCCAGGAGAGCAGCAGGGCCCAUGCACAUGUAACCAAUUGUUUUCUUUUGCCUGUAGUAAAGUUCAUAUUCUGAUUGCUUUUCCAGAUUAUGUAGAUCCAGACAUAUUUUAUGCAGUCAUCCGGAUCUUUCUCUCUGGAUGGAAAGAUAACCCAGCAAUGCCCAUGGGGCUAAUAUAUGAAGGAAUCUCCAAAGAACCCUUGAAAUACUCUGGAGGGAGUGCAGCUCAGAGCUCAGUACUUCAUGCCUUUGAUGAGUUCCUGGGCAUUCAUCACAGCGAGGAAAGUGCUGACUUUCUGUACAGAAUGAGAGACUACAUGCCUCCUUCCCAUAAGGCCUUCAUAGAAGAAAUCCACUCAGCUCCUUCACUGAGGGACUUCAUCCUAUCCUCUGGCCAUGGUCACUGUCUGACAGCCUAUAACCAGUGUCUGGAGGCCCUGGCAGAACUGCGCAGUUAUCACAUCACCGUGGUGACCAGAUAUCUCGUCACAGCUGCAGCAAGAGCAAGGAGCAGGAGGCUAGACCAUCUCCCAGGGCCACCUCAGGCUUUAGAAGACAGGGGCACUGGAGGAACUGCAGUUCUGAGCUUCCUGAAGAAUGUCAGGGAUAAGACCUUAGAGACAACCCUCCACCCAAGUGGUUAAGAGACCACCUUCUCCCCAAUGGGGAGACCCCAUUGGAGGGUAAGUGGACCUUGACAAUGAAGGUCAGGGUUCUGCCUGAAAUCAGACAGCACCAUUUAUACCUCUCCUCUACAGUAUGCCAUAUUCUCCUUUGCUGAGAGCUGUUGUCCUCACAGAGGAGAGUUUAUAUAUACGGCCAGAAAUAUUCCUGCCCUACCUGAUCACUGCCUAACAGCAAACAGCUGUGGAUGCUUUCCCUCAGAACUCCACAGAGAAGAAGAUAUGCCCUAUUCUGUUUGCCAAGUAAUAGAAAAAUAAUAUAAAUUUUAAAAACUGAAUGAAAUUGCUCAUGGAUACAUCUCCUUGUUGAUUUCUUUAAAGAAAAAAUUCACCUAAUUUAUUAAGUUACUACCAAGCUCUGAUUCAGGGAUUAGAACAGGGAUUUCUGUGACCUCAGGGAAGUCUCCUUGCAUGUAUUGAAUUUGGGGUCUCCCUGCAUGUAUUGAAUUUGGUAGCAGGAGUUUAGGAAUGCUCAAGUGGAGAUGCAUAUGAAGAGGAUGCUGAUAAUAAAGACAUGGUUGUCAUGCAUGUGAAAAACAGCAGCUAAUGAUAUGAGAUUCCCUGAUGCAUGGUACAUAGAUUUGCAAAUUCUAUUUUAGUUUUCUCCUCUGUUUUUAGAAGAAUGUUUCCUCUUUUCUCCUUAGACUAAAAAUCUGUACUUAUAAAAUGAAAUAAUUGACCUUUGGAAAGCAAAUGAGCCAAAUAGAAAUAAAUAGUAAAACAACA